CGCGGCGGCGGCGCGAAGUGGAGGAGCGAGGCGGGCGGAGCUUGCGGAGGAGCCGCUUCCAUGGCGCUGAGUCUGGACCGCGAGGCCUACUACCGCCGCGUCAAGCGCCUCUACAGUAACUGGCAGAAAGGAGAAGAUGAAUAUGCCACCAUCGAUGCCAUUGUGGUCUCAGUUGGAGUUGACGAAGAGACUGUCUAUGCCAAGUCUACUGCCCUGCAGACAUGGCUCUUUGGCUACGAACUCACCGACACAAUCAUGGUUUUCUGCGAAGACAAGAUCCUCUUCAUGGCCAGCAAAAAGAAGGUGGAGUUCCUGAAGCAGAUUGCAAACAGUAAGAGCAACGAGAGUGCCAACGGGGUACCGGCUAUCACGCUGCUUGUGCGAGAGAAGAAUGAAAGCAACAAGGCAAACUUUGACAAGAUGACUGAAGCCCUGAAGGGCAGCAAGAACGGCAAACGCAUUGGCGUGUUCAGCAAGGACAAGUUUCCCGGAGACUUCAUGAACAGCUGGAAUGACGCUCUCAGCAAGGAAGGCUUUCAGAAGGUGGACAUCAGCGCCGUGGUGGCCUACACCAUCGCCGUGAAGGAGGACGGAGAGCUCGCCCUGAUGCGGAAAGCAGCUGCCAUCACGUCGGAGGUCUUCACUAAGUUCUUGAAGGAGCGGGUUAUGGAGAUCGUUGAUGCGGACGAGAAAGUACGCCACAGCAAGCUGGCCGAGUCCGUAGAGAAGGCCAUUGAGGAGAAGAAAUACCUCUCUGGGGCUGACCCCUCCACUGUGGAGAUGUGCUACCCUCCUAUUAUUCAGAGUGGGGGAAAUUACAACCUCAAGUUUAGUGUCGUCAGUGAGAAGAGCUACAUGCACUUUGGGACGGUCACGUGUGCCAUGGGCAUCCGCUACAAAUCCUACUGCUCCAAUCUGGUGCGCACGCUCAUGGUGGACCCGCCACAGGAAACCCAGGACAACUACGCCUUCCUGCUGCAGUUGCAGGAAGAAAUGCUCAAAGAACUGCGGCACGGUGCGAAGCUGUGUGAGGUCUACACUGCUGUCAUGGAUAUGGUGAAGAAGCAGAAACCAGAGCUCUUGAGCAAAAUCACCAAGAACCUGGGGUUUGCCAUGGGCAUCGAGUUCAGAGAGGGUUCCCUGGUGAUCAAUAGCAAAAACCAGUAUCGCCUCAAGAAAGGGAUGGUCUUCAGCCUCAAUGUGGGGCUCUCAGACCUGCCCAACAAAGAGGGAAAGAAACCAGAGGAGAAAACAUACGCGUUGUUCAUCGGGGACACCGUGUUGGUGGAAGAGGAUGGCCCGGCUACUCUCCUGACAUCCGUCAAGAAAAAGGUCAAGAACGUCAGCAUCUUACUCAAGAAGGAGGAUGAGGAGGAAGAGGAAGAAGAAGAUGAUACGGAAGGAAUCCUGCUUGGCCGUGGAUCCCGAGCAGCCCUGCUUCCGGAAAGAACUCGGAAUGAGUUGACGGCGGAAGAGAAACGCAGGGCGCACCAGAGAGAGCUAGCCACGCAGCUCAAUGAAGAAGCCCGGAGACGGCUGACGGAGCAAAAGGGGGAGCAGCAAAUCCAGAAGGCUCGUAAGUCCAACGUCUCCUACAAAAACCCAUCCUUGAUGCCAAAGGAGCCUCACAUCCGGGAGAUGAAGAUCUACAUUGACAAGAAGUAUGAGACUGUCAUUAUGCCCGUCUUUGGCAUCGCCACGCCUUUCCACAUUGCCACCAUCAAGAACAUCAGUAUGUCAGUGGAAGGCGACUACACCUACCUGAGGAUCAACUUCUACUGCCCAGGCAGCGCUCUGGGUCGCAAUGAGGGCAACAUCUUCCCCAACCCAGAAGCCACCUUCGUGAAGGAAAUAACGUAUCGGGCGUCCAAUAUCAAAACACCCGGGGAGCAGAUGGUGCCGGCUCUCAACCUUCAGAACGCCUUCCGUAUCAUCAAGGAGGUGCAGAAGCGCUACAAAACCCGCGAGGCUGAGGAGAAAGAGAAGGAGGGGAUUGUCAAACAAGACUCUCUGGUGAUCAACCUGAACCGCAGCAAUCCCAAGCUGAAGGACCUUUACAUCCGCCCCAACAUCGCCCAGAAGAGGAUGCAGGGCUCUCUGGAGGCCCACGUCAAUGGGUUCCGCUUCACCUCUGUGCGAGGGGACAAAGUGGACAUCCUGUACAACAACAUCAAGCAUGCUGUCUUUCAGCCCUGUGAUGGGGAGAUGAUCAUUGUGCUGCACUUUCACCUUAAGAACGCCAUUAUGUUUGGCAAGAAGCGCCACACAGACGUGCAGUUUUAUACAGAGGUGGGCGAAAUCACCACCGACCUGGGCAAGCAUCAGCACAUGCAUGACCGCGAUGACCUCUACGCUGAGCAGAUGGAGCGUGAGAUGAGGCACAAGCUGAAAACGGCGUUCAAGAAUUUCAUUGAGAAGGUCGAGUCCCUGACCAAGGAAGAGCUGGAAUUCGAGGUGCCCUUCCGGGAGCUGGGGUUCAAUGGCGCCCCCUACAGAAGCACUUGCCUGCUCCAACCAACCAGCAGCGCCCUGGUGAAUUGUACUGAGUGGCCCCCCUUCGUGGUGACGCUGGACGAGGUGGAGUUGAUCCAUUUUGAGCGCGUCCAGUUUCACCUGAAGAACUUCGACAUGGUCAUCGUCUACAAAGACUACAGCAAGAAGGUCACGAUGAUCAACGCCAUUCCUGUGGCCUCGCUUGACCCCAUCAAGGAGUGGCUCAACUCUUGUGACAUUAAGUACACAGAAGGGGUGCAAUCCCUCAACUGGACCAAAAUCAUGAAAACGAUCGUGGAUGACCCAGAAGGCUUCUUCGAGCAAGGAGGCUGGUCGUUCCUCGAGCCCGAGGGAGAGGGAAGCGAUGCCGAAGCUGGGGAUUCGGAGUCCGAGAUUGAGGACGAGACGUUCAACCCUUCCGAGGACGAGUACGAAGACGAGGAGGAGGACAGUGACGAGGACUAUUCUUCCGAGGCAGAAGAAUCGGAUUACUCGAAGGAAUCUCUGGGCAGUGAGGAGGAGAGCGGGAAAGAUUGGGAUGAGCUGGAGGAAGAAGCGCGGAAAGCCGACCGCGAGAGCCGGUACGAGGAGGAGGAGGAGCAAAGCCGCACCAUCAGCCGUAAAAGGAAGGGCGCGCCCACCCAGAGCUCCGGGCACCAUCGCAGCUCCGGGCACCACAGCCGCAGCCCCAGCCGAAGCUCAGGACCCCCCAAGAAGAAGAGGAAGUAGACGGCGGACGCCAGCCCUUCCCAUCAGCCAAUCUUUUAAGGGGUGGGGUGGGGGCUUUUGAGGCCUCGUCCAGCAGCCAACGUUUAGGGCAUGGGGGGCGGCUGGCCCCUCCCCACAAACUUUUUCAUCUUUCUCUCACACACGCAUACAUAGACACACACACUCACCCUUUUUUCUGUUUCUCUGGGGAGUCUUGUUUUUGUCCCCUGAGUCUUUUCUGACCAUUUGUACGGACCAAUCGGCUGUGAGAGAAUUCCAGGCUGUGUUCUUGUGUUAGCCAUGGAUGCAAAGCCCUGCCAAGGAUGGAGGAGGAAGAGGAGGAGGAAGAGGAGUGUUGCAGGGUGGAGGCAGUUUGGGGUGAGGCUGAGGAAUCUGGUGUUAGUGAUCUACUUACUUGCCCUUCUCCAUUGCCUCUCCUCUGCCCCCAACCCUCCCUCUGUGGGUGUAUCGACUCUGAACUCCUUCCCCCCCUCUAUAAAUUCCUCCCUGACUCCCACUGUCUUUAUUCUCGGACUAAUGGGGCGGUGGGUGGGUGCAGGUUGGCCUGAGGAUCGCUCCAGAGUAAGACCAUAUACUUCAGUGGAGCAGACUGUGCUACCUUCCUUGGCAUUUUCGUGCCGAUGGAGGAAAGGGCGGCUAUGUUUCGCUUUGUGAAGAGAAGAUCUGGUUGGUACAGUGACGGGCAAGAGUUUCCAUACAGGUGAGACCAGGUUUAGAGGAUGAGGACGCAAGUGAGAGAAAAGGUUCCUCGCUUUUUCCUUUACUUUUUCCUUUUUAAAAAUUGUCCACCUCUGUCUGUAUUUAUCUUUGUUUUCUCGGUUGCCGAACCUGGGAUCCGGUGAGCAAGUGUUUUGGGACUGGGGUGGGUGGGGGUUGAAUGCAUCGCCUGCCCUCUACCUUCCUUGUUUCCUGUGGGUAGGGGUCAGUGAUCUGGGCGUGGGGGGGGCGGAUGACGGGAGGGAAAGGCUUUCUCAAACACUUCGUGUGUUUUUUUCUGUAGCCGUUAGCACUCUCGGUAUUUUUGACUUUGAAAAAACUGAUCAAUAAAAAUGUUUUUUUAAGUAUUUGGAAAGUUUA